AUGUACAGCCCGUCCGACAUUGUUUGUUGUUUGUUGUUUGUUGCUGUGCAAUAUAUGGACAAAUUGUGGACUCAUACAUUAUACGUUCUACAACAAUUGUGGUUGAGCUUUAGUUCCAAAUUUUUGUCUUUCUUUUAUGUCAUAAGAAACUCUAAAAGUAUGAAAGUGGUAAGCAGUUACCCCUUUGUGUCUCAAAUGAUACGGCAGACACUUUUUUGGGAGUUUUGUGGCUGUAUGCUUUAUACACACUACCACACUACACUUCAACACCUCCUUCGUCUCUUGACUGUAGUACUGCAUAAUGGCACAUAUAACACUAAACAAGUUCAAGACACAAAAGUAGCCAUUUUAUUUUAUUUUAUUUUAUUUUAUUCCUUUGUUAAUGCAUAUACCAGUAACACAAUAAAUUUUCAAUUCCAAAUUCCAAGUAUUGCAAAUAGUUCAUUUAUCCAUAUAAGAAUAACCAACAAUCCUUUCCGAAUUUUUUUAAACUACUCUUACCCACUUUCCAUCCUUCUUUGA